AUGAGCGCCAACGACCGUCAGAAGCCGGGCGCAAGUUUUGCAUUUAAACCCAGGAAUAACAUUGCCUCCUGGGAGAAGCCCGACUUUUCCAAUUCAUCCUCACAGCGCCCAGCACAGCAAAGUUCCACCAAGACAUUUGCAGACAAACGUGGCGAGUCAGCGGUUGCGCUUCGAGAAAUAGGCACCAUGGUCAACGAACGACAGCCUCCUAGAGAGGAUAAGCAGCCUGGUUCCAAGAGGGAACAGUCUCCAGACGAUGUCGAUGCGCUUUUUGACCGGUUGCAGCGCGGAUUUGGAUCCGUCAAGCCUCAGUAUACACAAGGAGUCGAUUUAUUGAACCUUGGUGGGGGUACCAGUAGUGGUCACCCUUCCUUUGGACAUCCUACGAAGAUGGUUUCGUCUCGUAAGCAGAAGGCGGACAUUUUCAUUCACCAGAAGAAUCGCCCUGAGCAUCACCUCGGGGCUACCAGGAUGUCUGGGCCUCGUCCCCCAGCGUAUCAGGAUCGCAAACCACCUCCGCUGCCCGUAUUCAACAGCAAUGGUCCAUCAAAGCCGAGAACUACCUAUGCCGAUGAAGUAUUCUACACCGACCCCACGAAAGCGAACGAAGAUCUCAAAGCUUUGUUGGAGGGCGGCAUGGAGGACGAGGAGGAAGAAGAUGGAGACGACGCUGGUGCUUCACAGCCGUUACAGUCACAAUCGCAAGGUUCACAGAGUCAGGAGCAGAGCCAAAGCGAAGGAACAACAACACCCCAGACACAAAAACCUAAGAAGGAGAGUCCUAUCGGCCAAGAUGGUACGGUCAAGGGCCUGAAAGUGAAGCUACUGCCGCAUCAGGUCGAAGGUGUCGAGUGGAUGAGAGGUCGCGAACUCGGGCCUGUAAAGCGAGGCAAGGUACCCAAGGGUGGGCUUCUUGCCGACGAUAUGGGCCUGGGAAAGACCCUGCAAAGUGUAUCCCUCAUCAUCACAAACCCGAAGCCUCAGAAGGAUGGCCCAGGAUGGAAGAAACAAUUUGAGGGACUGGAAAAGACGACACUGGUUGUUGCGCCUCUGGCUCUCAUUAGACAGUGGGAGCAUGAAAUCAAGGACAAGGUUGAGAAGGCCCAUGGUCUCAAAGUUCUUGUCCACCACGGGCCACAGAGAACCAAAGACUUUAAGCAAAUGGCCCUGUAUGAUGUCGUAGUCACGACUUUUCAGAUUCUGGUUUCUGAACACGGAAGCUCAUCAGAUGCCGAAAACGGGAUCAAAGUGGGUUGCUUUGGACUUCGAUGGUGGCGCGUCAUCCUAGAUGAGGCUCACACCAUCAAGAACCGGAAUGCCAAGGCUACAAAGGCGUGUUAUGCCCUCCGUUCAGAGUAUCGAUGGUGCUUGUCAGGAACGCCAAUGCAAAACAACCUCGACGAGCUUCAGUCGCUGGUCAAGUUCCUUCGCAUCAGCCCUUACGACGACCUCAAACAGUGGAAAGAGCAUAUUGACAAACCCAUGAAGAAUGGCAAAGGUCACAUUGCCAUUCGUCGAUUACACAGUCUUCUUCGUUGUUUCAUGAAGAGACGGACAAAGGAGAUUUUGAAGAAGGACGGUGCCUUGAACCCCGGUGGCAAACCAAGCGCUGCUGGUGAAGCUUCCACCACAGGAUUCAAGCAUACGGAGCGUAAGGUGGUUACCAUCUCUGCCAAGCUGCCUCCCGCCGAACGGAAAUUCUAUGAUCGUCUUGAGGCUCGCGCGGAUAAGAGUAUGGAAGCCAUGAUGCAAAAUAAGCUAAGCUAUGCAAACGCUUUUACUCUGUUGCUGAGGUUGCGCCAAGCCUGCAACCACCCCAAGUUGGUGGAAGGCAAACUCGAAAAGGACAAGGACGCUCUUUCUACGGGGUCUAGUCAAAAGUCUCAGGAUCUUGAUAUGAAUGCUGUUGCUGAUAUGUUCGCUGGCAUGGGUAUCGUUGAGAAAGCUUGCUUGGUGUGCGGCACAGCCUUGACCACAGAUGACACAAUACUGGGGCGAGAGCACUGUGCCGAAUGUCACGACGAUUUAGAGUACUUCAAAAGCCACGAGCAGUUGGAAGUAAAAAAGACGAAGAGAUCACGAAGAAAGAAGAGCAAGAAAGUAAAGGGGAAGAAGCCAGCCAAAGCCAAGGUCGAUGACGAAGAAGAGCCAAAACAACGAACGCGCAGGCCACGAAAUAGAAAUGCCAUUAUAGACAGUGAUGACGAAGAAGACGAAGAAGACGAAGAGGGCAGCUGGCUUGUACCUGAAGGCGAGCGAGGCGAUGUGCACCUAGGCAAAGCUGGCGGCGAAGAAGAUGAGAAUGCAGAAGGCGGCGGCGACUGGAUUAGGUCAGAAGAUUCAGACGACGACACCGUCGACGAUACGGAUUUGGAUCAGAGCAACCUUGGCAGCUUUGUUGUUGACGACGAAACCGCCAAGAAGGAAGACGGGUAUCAGUCUGUCGACGAAGCAGCCCAGGACGACUCUCUCUUGUCCGUGGAUGCUCUCACCCAAGCAAUGGCAUCCCAAACUCUAGAGGACAAGCCAAAGCCCGCAUCUCCACCCAACACCGGCUCUGCUUCCGACUCGGAUGCAACAGAAUCAGAAUCAGAAUCAGAAUCAGAAUCAUACUCCUCCGACUCAGACGACUCAGACGACCAAUUCAUACGCCCCUCCAAAGACGCACCAGUCCUCGCAUCCGCCAAAAUCCGCCAAGUCUCCAAACUCCUCCACGCAGAAGCCCAAUCCCACAAAUUCAUUGUCUUCUCCCAAUUCACAUCCAUGCUCGACCUCGUCGAGCCGUUCCUCCAAAAAGACGACUUCAAAUACGUCCGCUACGACGGCAGCAUGAAGAACGACGACCGUGAAGAGAGCCUCCGUCGGCUACGGGAAGAUCCAUCCACGCGCAUCCUCCUGUGUAGUCUUAAGUGCGGGAGUUUGGGGCUCAAUCUCACUGCUGCCACGCGCGUUAUUAUCGUAGAACCGUUUUGGAAUCCGUUUGUCGAGGAACAAGCGAUCGAUCGUGUGCACCGACUCACGCAGACAGUCGACGUGGUAGUCUAUAAACUUACUGUUGCAGAUACAGUCGAGGAGCGAAUCAUCGAUCUGCAGAACCGGAAGCGCGAGCUGGCGGAGCAGGCUAUCGAGGGUGGUGCGAAGAAGGAGGCCCUCAAGUUGGGAAUCAAUGAGAUUAUUGACCUGUUUAAACCGGGGCAUCAUCAGGAGCGUGCUCCGGGGCCCUUGGAGGAUAGGAGGGGUGGUACUGCUGCUGGUGCUGGGGUGUUGAGGAGGAAGCCUGUUAGAGAGGAGAGUGCUGUUUUUGGGAGGAGGUGGUAG